AUAGUGGUACUGAGUAAAGACUAGACAGCCUGCAUCAAAAUGGCUGUAAAUGUAUGAAGUGGCUCUUUGUAUUACAGCAGGUUAUUAGCUGAUCUGCAUUGAGCUUCACUCACAAGAUUUUGCAUGUUGAAUCUGGGACUGCAGCAAUCUUUCUCCAUCAUUAUGCAUUCUUGUGUUCCGAUGAUUUCUGAUGAUAGCACUGUGACGCAGGUAGCAAAAGCAUCUCCUAGGGCCAGUAUUAAAAAGAGAAAGAGAGAGGGAAAGAGAGAUAGAAUGUGUGUGUGUGUGUGUGUGUGUGUGUGUGUGUUGCACGCACAUGCAUUUACUCAUUCACAUCCAUGUCAUAUACCUUCACACCCUUAUCCAUAUCAGCUGCCAUAUUCAAAAUAAAAAGGGUGGCUGAAAGAAAAUAAGGGGAUGUCUGUCAUGAUGCUCCCUAAUCAGAUUGUAAAUAUGGAAAUUAUUUCUUAAUGCUAGGGGAUAAUUUUUUAUAUGAUGUUGAAACCAGCACAGUCCACAAAUGAUAAUCCUGAAUUUUCUGCCGUCACUAUGAGUUGUGUACAGUCGUCUACACAUCUAAUGUGUCUAGAUUACUGUAAAGGAAACAAAAUGAUUCAUCUGUGCUGUAAUGUUAAGGAAGAGCAACUCAUAACAAAACAAAAUAUAUUCCAAGGAAGCCUACGGUGUGUAAUUAUAUCUCUGUACCUUACAGCCCUUCCUGCGUGGGCAGUUGGGUUCGUACGAUUAGUUGAUCAUUAAACCAAGGUGUAAUCAUGGCUAUAUUUGCUCUCGUGGAUAACAAGACUAGGAAGUGAUUGUGUUUGCCCUGGAGCUGAGAGCGGCUGAACGGACAGGCUGUGUCAGAAGAAGCGCGCUUUGGCGGCUGACCACCGAUGACCUGGGACCACCGGGGUCCUGGAGCUUCAGCCGAGCCGGGCCCGUCCUCAGGGGGACCCAGGUGUUCUGUUUGUCCGGUUUCCUGGAAACAGGCCAGGAUGACUCUGAGUGGGAGGUGCCUGAAACGCAUGUGACUUAUUUAAUGCAGAGAAGGUGCGAACACUAAGCAGUUGCACAGUCUGGUUGAGUGUUCAGUGGCCUCGUGAAUUGAGCUCUGCACAGGGAAAGUGCGCACUUUGCUGGAAAGAUGUCCGCCUCAUUGGGCAGGACGGGUCACCUGGAAGUUUAAGGAGCGGAGGCUCGGACGCGAUGGCAUACCUGGUGCAUUCCUCUCACCUGCAGUUUGUGAGCCUAUGGGUGGGGGUCGUGGGGUGGAUCCUGACGGGCGUGGCCAUGGGGCUGGUUCAGUGGCGGGUGUGGUACGUGGCGGACCUCACCUUCGUCACCUCGGGCGUGGUGUGGGUGGGAAUAUGGCGGACGUGCUUCUUCAGCCACGUCCUAGUCACCGCCGAGCUGGAGGACAUGUUCUGCCAGGCCAUCGGCUUCCUGGACCCCUACGCCCCCGCGGAGAUCCCCGCGGCCCAGGCGCUGAUGGUGGCGGCGCUGGCGGUGGGGAUCGGCGGGAACGCCAGCGCCAUAUACGCCCUGCGCUGCGUGUACUUCGGCCGGCCGGAGCGGCCGGUCCGGACGGCCUUCGCGCUGGCGGGGGCGCUGCAGCUGCUGGCCGGCGCCUGCGCCCUCGUGCCCCUCUCCUGGAACCUGAACUCCGUGGUGGCCAACCGCACCAUCAGCUUCCCCCCCAGGUUCAACGUGCCGCCCGCCCCCGUCAGUCAGGAAGUCGGGGCGGGAAUCGCGGUGGGAAUCACCGCCGCCAUCCUGGUGACCGCCAGUGGGCUGGCCUUCCUGUCCUACAGGUUCCCCUUCACUGUCAGCCCCAGAAAGGACCGGGGCGGCUUUGAGACCUCCAGCAUGGGCGUGUCCUUUUCCCAGCAGUCUGUGUCGGUGGGUGACGAGAGCUCUUACCAUGGCAGAGACAAUCAAGCCUUCCAGUCACAGGAGAGCCUGUGAGCUCUGCUGUACCACCUCUGAGAAAUCUACACACUGAAACCUGAAUGACCAAAUACAAUGCUUUAUUUAUUUAGUAAUCGUAUUAUAAUUUUAUAAUAAUUUACAAUUGUUACACCCAAUAUCAAUACAACGUUUAGUAUUCUUCCAAGCUGCUAUUGAAAUUGGUAUCUGCAAGAUCUUUCUUUACAUGGAAAUGUGAAAAGGCUUAAUGUUACAGAGCUCUCCCUCUCAUUCCUGCUGAACAGUACCGACUGACAUUGUGAAAAUCAACCAGAUGAGCAAAGGACAGAUGCAUUUUUGUUUGUGUAUUUUGUGUUUUUUUAGGAUUCUGUGUGUUAAUCCACUGGAGCAAUAGUUUUACUGGAGAUGACACCACAGUCUGUUUACAGGUUGCCUCCAUGCUGGCUUUUCCCCCUGGGAAGUGAGUAAUUGGGAAAGUGUACACACAAGUCAGCACUCCAGAGAGUAUGGGGCAUGUGACACUCUUCCAGCAGUUGUUAAUCAUAGCCUUGCAACCGCACCUACAAGACUAUGAAAGGCAAAUAAUAUAAUUUCCAGUCCAGUUUUAUUUUUUUGUGUAAUCAUACGUUUGGUUGAAGGACAUAUGCUUUUCAUUCAAACUCCAUUACAAAAUAUCUCAAAUGUUCACAUUUCCAUAUACCUCUUGUCUACAAUAUAAUAUAAAGUUUUAAUGUUUUUCUUGUUGAUUACUUUUCUGAUCAUGUUUUGAAUCGGUGCCUUUUUAUUUGAGAAAAUGAACUCCUGAUUCGGGUUUCCAAAUAACAGAGAAAAGACAAUGUGUAUGUGCUUAUUACAUUUAAAAUAUAUGUAACAAAAAGUCUUCUUUGUUGCUCACUGUUCUGUUCUGUGAUGCACUACCAUUUUGUCAUACAUAUCAGGGGAUAUUUUCCUCAUUUUAUACGGUAACCAUUUAAGUGAUACAUUUUUGUCCCUUUUUUGGGAAGUGAUAUCCAGAGUCUUUCUGUCCCCGGUUGUUUCACCUUACUGGUAAGGAUGAGUUCUGGGAAAUAAUUAUUUCUGUAUUUCUGUAUUUUUUUGACUCAUUAUCAAAUGUCAAAAAGCCCCUAAUUUUGCAUUGACAGAGUAGCACUGUGUCAAGCCUGUUUAUGAGCACUGAAAAGGUCUCCCCUUGUUCCUCAUACCCCAGUAAGUUAUUAGAUACAUGGUGUACUGGUUUGGGAACUGGCUUUACAGCCAGAAGGUUGCUUGUACAGUUCCCCGGUUGGAUGCUGUGUUUGUACCCUUGAGCAAGUUGAAUUUGUACCCUUGAGUACUUGAAUCAUUUCAGUAUGCACUGCAGUAUACCCAGAUGUGUACAUGGAUUCUGUGUAAAAUG